UAGGGUAAAAAAAAAAUCAAUCCGUACAAUCCGUACAAUCCGUACAUUUUGGCCACCCUGUAUACUUUGUAUUUCAGGUAUGUUUUCGAUUGUCGUUUCUCUCUUUUAACUAUGCAAAUAUUACUCAAUACUGGUUCUAAACAAACACAUUUGAACUUGAUAAUUUACUAGGAUUUGUCUUUUCCAAAUAAUUCAAACCACUUUCAAAAAUACUUUAAUCAAAUCUAAACUAAUUUUUGAUCAAAUAACAUAAAACUGGAUUGUAUUAAAAAGAUUUAAUACCUGAUAGCUUAAAACAUGUUUCAUUACUUGACUAGAUUAAAAUCUCGAUCUACGACUCGCCUCAAAACUUUAAGAGUUUUAAGGCAACCAGCACCUGAGUAAGGCGACUAUUAGUUUUGAUUUAUAAUCAUCUUACUACAGAUUCACGAGGAAUAAUAACCCUAUCAGAACAUGCGUAGUUUUUAUCAGAAUCCUAAAAUUAUACUUCCUCUUUCAGAAUCAUGUCAUGAUUAGUGAUCUGUGAGGGUCCGGUAAAGUGAUGGCGGAACGCCGUAAUUGUUUCAAUUCUGUACUAGGAGUUCAGUGCAAGGAUCAGGCGCGCAGCAUGUUCAAGGGAUCCUAUGUGUGCUCAUAUGUAUGGGAUAAAAUCGCAGGGCACUUCCCCAACGUCCGCCAGCUAGCAGAAUCAAACGGGAUGGAGCUGAGGGGUCAUUCAGAAGACAGAGACCUAGCUGAUGCUGUGAGAGGGGACAUGAUAAAGGAACAGAAGGAGUGGUUCGGAGAUAGAAACGUUGUGAUAGAUGUUAACAAGGAGUUGGGUAAAUCGGUAAUUACCACUCUGGAGUUAUUCACUUAUUUUGCCGACAAUAACAUAUUCUCCCAAGCAUCGAUCAUUUCGAGUGCUUUUAAAACCGGAACGAUGAGGGCUUUCUUGACCAAACGAAUGGGCAGUGAUACAGCAGAAUUGUUCAGUGCAGCUGCAGGUCUAACGGGUCGGGCCCAAAACCCGGAGUCCAUCCUAGAUGACUCUGGCGUCUCCCUCUCCGGAGAAACAUCCACAGAGGUCAACAAGCUCAAAGAAGAUCUCCGUAAGGAACAGAGGAAGGUGGCAGAUCUGGAGGCUAGGGAGAUAGCCCUCAAACAGGAGGUGGGGGACUUGAGGAUUAAACUAGAAAAUGCAAUCAGAGGCAGGCCCAGCUCAGGAGAUUUAAGCUCAUCGACGGUUCUAGACAUGUUGGAGCGGCAGCUGGAGGGCAUGAGCAUAGUGAACUCGGCUAAGCUCGAGAGGCUCAUAGGUCAUAAGUGCCUAUGCGAGGACAUUGACGCCCUAGGAAGAGAAGCGGAGGAUGGAGAGAAGAGGCUGGUUGAGCUUUUUAGCGAUAUCUAGUCCCAGAUUAUAUAUUUAUACUAAAAUUUAACCACCGUGUUAUUUUUUAAUACAACUAUCACGUAGCUAUGUUAACACUAUUUAACCGUACUAUCUAAUUAUUUUUAAAUAUUUAUAAUCUAAUAGUUCCGCAUUACAAACAAUAGCUUUAAUUGAGUAUUAUGCUUAAAAUGUUGUGCUGAGCCAUCAUAUUUAAAACCAU